AUGCACAGCCAGAGUUCGUUGGUCGCAUACGGUGAAGCGGACGACGAGGAGGAGGAGGAGGAUCAGUUUGCCAAAGCUGAUCGAAAUGCAAUUGCUAAUAUGUUGGCUCAAAAGAAGGGUUCUGGCGGUACGGGAUCGACCAGUCGUGAGCCAAAACCACCCCCAGGGCAUGAGGACAGUCGAUCGCCAGAUGAAAUUACCAUUGACAACCUUGUGGAACGCUUACGCGAAAUGGAGGGAAAUCGAGCGGAGCAAGGCAUUGCUGGCAGUCCGGCAUCGAAAUCGGUGGAAGGUUGGGAGAGCCCCGCAAUGCACGAUGAUGCGGUGGAAAUAAAAUUGCCACCAUCGCCAACUGCAAAAUGUCCUCCUGAACUUGAGGAACGUUUCCGAGUUUUUUUUGAGAAGAAAGCACAAGGAGCUGAUCUAAAUGCAAUGAUCCAGAAAAGACGCGAUUUUAAAAAUCCAUCCAUGUAUGCCAAAUUGAUCGAAAAAUUUGAGGUGGAUGAACUGGGCUCGAAUUUUGACCCAGCUGUGUUUAAUCCGCACGGAUUCACGAAGGACUGCUAUUAUGACGAGAUUGGUAAGCUUCAUGCAACUCAUACUUUUUAA